AUCAGGCAUUUAAUUUAUUUAAUCUGGAAAGUGGAUUUAAAAACUGAGCGCAAUGGCUCGUGAUACGGAAAACUCAAAAUUUAGUUUCCCUGCUUGCUGGGAAGACGUAGAAAUUAUGCAAAUUAAUUUCGCAACGUUUCGCCCGCGUCAUUUAAACAUUGAAGAUUAUGAGACAAAGAUGAAAUUCUGGAAAGAUCUUGUAACGCAAUACCUCAAGUUUUGGGGCCAAAUUACGUUUAGUUUGCGGGAUCUGCAACUAAAACUCAUGAGAGGCGACCAACUGCCUGCCUGUCUGGAUACAGUUUUAUCGGAGAUGUACCAGCAGAAUCAGAUCCGACCGCGCACCGAUCAUGAUCCAGAAAAUAGCUGGACCGGAUGGCUGAUAAACAGCCUGGUAAAACGUCCUUUAUCCUGGAGCUGGCUCAAGUUAAAGCACAGCGUUGUGGGCGAGGAUGUGGAGGCGACGAAACUAGUGGAAUGGAUACAUCUGGAAGUUUUAAAUGACAUUUGCGGCCUUAUGAUUAAGAAGAUAUUGCCCGAGAACCGAGGAAAACUGUUCCAUUUUGAUGCGUUCAAGUCCCUUUGCGACGUCCAUCACAUUCGCAUCCAUGCGGAGAAGGACAUCUUUGCUUGCCUGAUCACCCUGCAUGCCCGUCAUCUGGUUGGGUUGGAGUUCAAAACCGAAAAGCAAGCGCGUUGCAUUCAUUUAAUAAAAAUACCAUUCAAGGAAACAGACGAUCUUAGCAUUAAUGAAUUAGAUCUUGGCGUUCACCGUCUACAGAUCACACAAGCAGAUCUACUUAAGCAGCUGCAGAACCUAGAGGAGGAAAUCAAGGCAAACGACGAGAAGGCGCGUCAGUACAUAAAGGAGAAUAAGCGGCAAAUGGCCAAGACGUACCUUCGCAAAAGGCAUCUGGUUGAAAAGAAUCACGAGCGACGCAGCCUUGCACUAUACAACAUUGAAUUGCUCCUUUCUAGCGUGGAAGAGGCCCAAAACAGUGGCGUAGUUCGCGAUGCAUAUAAAAUUGGCUCCAGCACAUUGCAAAAAAUUCUCUCCAACUCUGGCCUCAAGUACGACAAUGUCGAUGAAGUUCUGGCCGAUGUGCAAGAAUCUCUGGAACAGCACCGAGAGGUCCAAGAUGUCCUGUCCAAUGGCGUAUUAGAUACAGCCUCCACCCAGGAAGAUGAUCAGCUCGAAAAUGAACUGCGCGCUCUGUGUGGGGAAACUAAUUCAGUAUCGAAUGCAGCAGUUAUCAACAACAACGAGAGACUGGAGGUCGUAAUUAGUGAUCAAGAGAUGAUUGAAAUGUUGGCAAACCUUGAAGUUGAGGAGGCUAGCGUCUCUCUACCAAGUACCAGAACCGUUAAACCCUGUAAGAGUGUUAGCAGCGCAUAGUUAAAACUUUGUAUUAGAGUUUUUUUUUUUAUAAUUUUUAUUUAAGCUAUGCCAAAAAUCACUUUGGUGUUUGAUUUGUGCAUUAAAGAGAUUCCGCACGAAAAGUA